AACUGUGGUGUUUACCCAGUAACACAAGCAUUUGGCGUGAGGCGAGCUCCCUUCGCUCUAUUCUGUGGCCAGAGACAAAUAAUGUCCUGUUCACAGCCACCGCUAAGUUUGACUUUCUUGCUGGUAGGAAAAACCGGAGAUGGGAAAAGUUCCACGGGAAACUCAAUCCUGGGUCGUCAAGAUGUUUUCAAAGAAAGCGACAUGUCUGUAUCAGAAACGACCAAAACUCAAGUCCAAACUGCUACGGUAGAUGAAUACAAUGUAACUGUUGUUGACACACCCGGAGUGAUGCACACUGGUUUGGACCUGGAAGCAAUCAAGUUAAAAGCGUGUCGAGAUAUGCAAGAAGCCAUAAGUAAAUGCCCAUCAGAUGGCAAGAUGGCGGUCAUUCUUGUUUUCAAGUACGGCAACCGGUUCACUGAAGAAAAUAAAAUAAUGCUUGAUGUUCUAAAACAAAUGUAUGGUGAGGAAAAUCUAUGCAAAUCUUGUGUUAUUUUAAUUACGUAUGGCGAUAAUUACAGAAAGACAUACCAAGGAGGACUGCCAUUCGAAGAUUGGAUUAGGGAGCAAAAUGAAGAAAAGAAAGAAUUAGGUCAAUUAUUUCAAUUAGUUCAAAAUAGAUGCAUCCUAUUCAAUAACAGAUGUAAAGAUUUGAAAGAACAAACAAUGCAAAGACGAAAACUCAUUGACAUUGUGAACGAAUUGGAUCAAGGCUACACAAAAACACAAUUUCUAAAACUGAGCAAACAACAUCAUAGAUUUAUCUUGGAUACACAAUUUCCGAGAAUUGACAGGGAAUACAAACAAAAAAUACAGAAACUAUUUGAUUCGUUCUUUUCUAUCCUUAGUUCACCGAGAAACCCUGAUAGGUUCGAGGAUUUGCUACAAAAAUCAGGGAACUAUUUGAAAAAAUUGAAUGAAAAAGAUGACCCACAAGAAAUAUUCUAUGAUGAUGGUGAACCGCUAGUGUUUCAUGAGCUACGCGAACAAUUAAACACACUGGAAUCAAUGAUUGUCAGAGAGAAACAUGUAGAUGAGAUAGAUAAAGAGUUGGACCAACUUAUAGAGAAUUUAGAACACAAUAUUGUCAUGAAUUCAUUUGAUGAUCUUGCAUCUUUCGAAAGCAAAUUAAAGGACAUUAGAAGUAACCCUGACUGUUCAAAUAAUAAUCAUAAAAUAGAAAUAGUAAAUAAAAAAAUUUUGAUGGCUAAACAAGCUAUGACGAAACAUUCGCUAGAAUCUCAAGUAUCUCAACUAAAGAAGAAUGUAGGUACAACUAACUUUAAAGAUCUUUUUAGAAAUUACGACCCCUUUUUUAAAAGUCUAAAAGAUUUAAGAGAUACUAUCGAUGACGAAAAUCAGAGGCUUGGGGAAAUGGACGAUCUACUACAAGACGUUGAAGACUUAACAACACGUGCUGAGUGCCAAAAGCAAGACCGUAAUAAGAAACUAUUCUGGGGAGUGACAAUGGUGGCAAUGACGGGUAUUAGCUUUGCAGUAGCAUUUAUUCCUAUUGUUGGCCCACCUUUAGCCUUGGUAUGUUCAACGACAACAACUUUCGGAAAAGCUGUUGACAUUUGGAUGACUCGUCGUCAAAGGUUUAAAGAUUUAGCUAUGUCCAACAUAAAUCAUUUCACUUUCUUGUUGGUCGGAAAAACUGGGAGUGGCAUAAGUUCAACAGCCAACUCAUUACUGAAAGAGUGCGUGUUCAAAACCAGUGAUAAAUCAAAAACAAAAUCAUCACACGUACGCAUUAAAAAAAACGUUACCAUAGAUGGAAUGAACUUGACAGUUGUUGAUACGCCUGGACUUAUGCACACAGGUCUGAGCUCAAACGAAGCUAAGUUAAAAGCUUGCAAUGAUUUGCAAGAAGCAGUCAGCAAGUGUCCAGACCAGGGUAAAUUGGUCAUCAUUAUUGUUUUGAAGUAUGGUGACCGUUUUACUGAGGAGAACAGAACAAUGAUUCAAAUUCUGAAACAAAUUUUCGGUGAAGACAAUUUCGGUCAGUCUUUUAUUCUGGUUGUGACUUUUGGCGAUUUGUAUGACCUCAACUAUCCAGAUGGACAUAAGUUCGACGUUUGGCUGAAAGCUCAAACGAAUGACCUAGGUCAUUUGCUGUCUCUGGUGCAGUACAGAUGUGUCAAAUUCAAUAACAUUUGUAAAAAAGGAAAAAAACUGAAGAUUCAAAGACAAAAAUUAUUUGAAUUAGCAAGUAGUCUGGAUUACAGCUACUCCAAAGAACAAUUUCAACUAUUAAGAAAACAACAGCACAGACUUAUGUUGGAAGCCAAAUUGUCAGAAAAACAAGCCUACUAUAAUCUAAAAAAAGUAGAGUUUUGUACUAAAUUGUAUAUCAUUUUUUUGACAACCAGAAAUUUGAACAGUUAUGAACUACUGAACAGAGAAAUAGGUCAGAUUCUGAAAGAGAUAGAAGAGUCUGACAAUGCUGACACCAUUUUGUACAGGGAGGGGGAGUCUCGACUCUUUGCUGGCUUUCAAA